AUGGCUAAGAGAAAAGAGGAUGAUUUCCCCCCGGCCGCAGAUCAGAAAAGAGCAAGGCCAGGGGGGGACCCUGAUGAAGACCUGGACUCGGACCCCAUUGAGGGGACCUCUCAAGGCUCUCUCCCAGGCUCUCUCCCUAGUAUUUCUUCUCAGUCGCCGUCAGGGGAAUAUGGGGUCAUUGAAAGUAUCCAGGUGGAGAAUUUUAUGGGCUAUUCCAACCUUGGGCCUGUGAAACUUGGACCCAAUGUUAAUUUUCUGGUGGGACGGAGUGCAAAAAAUGCAUUGUUAACAGCUCUCAUAGUUGGGCUUGAUGGAAAAUCCGCAGGAACGUCUCUGAGAGACUUUGUGAAAGAUGGAGCGCCUUCAGCCAAGGUCUCCAUCAAGAUAAAGAACAGAGGGAGCUAUGCUUUUAAAGCUGAGCUAUAUGGGGAGUCAGUAAUUGUGCACCAAGUGAUCAGUGCAGAUGGAAAUGCUACUUAUGAACUAAAAAGUCAUACAGGAAAGGUGAUUUCUACUAAGAGGGAAGAGCUCUCUGCCCUUCUUCAGAGGUUUAAGAUUCGAGUAGACAAUCCUGUGACCAUUAUCCGGGAAGAUUUGAGCAGGCAGUUAUUGGAGUCCAGAAGCGAUGCUGACAGGUACAAAUUGUUUCUCAAAGCAACCCAGCUUGAGCAGAUGAGAGAAGACUAUUCCCAAAUUAUGGAGAGAAAGGCUAAAAAUCAGCAUCAGAUAGAACAAGCCGAAGAACAGCUUGAGGAGCUCAAGCGUCAGGGGGUAGAGAUAGAAGAGCAUUUUCAGAAUAUGGUUACGUUGCGGAAGAAGCUAGAGGACUUGAAAAAUGACAUGGCUUGGGCACUAGUGGCUAAAACAGAAAGAGAAAUCCAUGAAAUGAUUGUUAGCAUAAAUGUCGGAGACCAGCAUACUAUCAUCUUGAAUCAGGAACUGGAGGUCUCAAGGGUCAAAUUCAGUGAAGCAGAAAAUAAGUAUAGAGCCAUUCAUGAAAAUAUGCAAAGGUUAAGUGAAGAAGCCUCUGAAUUGGAGGCCAGGUGCAUUGAGGCCGGUGAGGAGGCUGAGAAAAAGGACAGGGCCUUUGCUCAGGCGGAGGCCUUCUAUAAUUUUUCUGAAAAUGAAUUUAACAAAUUAGACCAAGUUGCAGAACAGCUCAAUGAGCAAAUUGACGACAUGAAAAAGAAUCUAGAAGUGGCAGAGUCAGAAAAACAGGAAAAAAUUGAUGUGUUGAAGGAAAAGAUCAGGAACUUUAAGGAUCAGGAGGAUUCACUUGUUGAAGAGAUAAAGCAUCUUCAUCAGGCCAUAGAAAGAGACGAUAAAGAGCAUUCUCGAAUUAGGGAACAAGAAGCUUACAUGCAGCAAAUACUGGAUGGCGAACAACGCCAGCUAAACCAAUUGAAAGAAUGUAAAUCUGACCCUCUAAAACGAUUUGGGCCUCAGAUUCCAGCCCUUCUUGAAGCAGUGGAAGAUGCCCAUAGACAAGGGCUCUUUUCUUGCAAACCUAUAGGCCCACUGGGAGCUUGUAUUCGUGUUCGGGACCCUGAGUUUUCUUUGGCUAUUGAGUCUUGCUUAAAGGGCCUUCUGCUUGCCUUUUUUUGUGACAACCACAAGGAUGAGCAAAUCCUUCAGGGGCUGAUGAAAAAGUUCUAUCCAUCGGGCUCUUCACGACCCCAGAUAAUCAUUUCGGCCUUUGAUUGUGAGUUGUGCAAUGUAACAGAGAGGGAGGCUUCUCACCCAGAAUUUCCAUCAGUUCUCUCAGCUUUAGAAAUAGACGAUGCAGUGGUGGCCAAUGCUUUGAUUGACAUGAGGGGCAUAGAGUCGGUGCUGCUUAGCAAGAGCAAAUCUUUGGCUUGUACAGUGAUGCAGGCUCAGAGGCCCCCCAAGAACUGCACCAAAGUUUUAACUGCUGAUGGUGACCAGGUAUUCGAGCGACACUAUUACUCAUGUGAAGAAAUGAGACCUACUUACCUGGGUGAUAUAGAUGUGGAAAUAAAUAAUUUGGAGAAAUCUGUGGAAAAUAAAAUAGCUCAGUUGUCAGCAUUUCAGGAGCAUGUGUGUUCCCUUGAAAAGGAUAUCAGGGAGAAUCGAGAAACUAUUGACAGUCAUUAUCAACACUUAAAGGAAAUAAAGAUUGAAGUGAUAAAUAUCACUUCAGAAAUUAAAGAUCUUGAGGAUGAAAAUGAAAACCAGGCCCUAAAUAUCUCCAUUCUGGAAGAGGAAGCGCAAGAAAUUAAAGAAGAGAUGAAAGAGAUUGAAGAAAAGAUGAAGAUUCGAAGGGAAGAGAUGGAGAAAUUAAGGAAACCAAAAAUCGAUGCUGAACAGAGACAUGAAGAAUUGAAGCUGAAAUAUAACCAGAUUAAAGAAUUAGUAGACUCCAUUAGGGGAGAACGAAACCAGGCCGCUUUGGAAGUGGACAACCAACACCAAGCCAUGCUGCACUGUGAAAAUAGGCUCAAGGAACACCUGGAUUGCCUCCAGGCGAAGAAAGAAGAGCUGGCCAUGAAAGAGAGCGAUCUGGAGAGGGAAACUGCUCACGCCAAAUUCAUCUGCCCAGACCGGAAAGAAAUUACACAAACUGCCUCUGUUCUCAAUAGAGAAAUCACUCUGCUAAGACAGCGGAUACAGUCCGAAAACUACACUCACAAAAGCCGAGAAGAAAUAAUGAGACAGUACCAAGAAGCAAAAGAAAGAUACAUGGACCUUGAUAAUAAAGUGAAGAAUCUGAAAAAACUCAUCAAGACAAUGGAAGAGAUCUCAAAACAGAGGUAUGAAGCAUUCCAGAAACGCAGAAGAAUUCUUUCUCUACAGGGGAAAUUGUACUUUGACAGCUUGCUGUCUCCCUGGUCCUUCCACGGAGACAUUCACUUUGAUCACAACAAUGAGGCCCUUUCUAUCGUAUUCCAUCCUGGGCAGUGUGCUUUCACUGAUGCACACAGCUUGCCAGACAGAUACAAUUUCUCCAACUUCUUGCUCAUUCUUACCCUGUGGUCCAUCACAGAAUCUCCCUUCAGAUGCCUGGAUACAUUCGACGUCUGCUUCAAUAGGGAAUAUAGAAAAAUGGCCAUGGAUAUGAUCCUCAGGCAGUCACAUUGCCAUCAGCAUCUCCAGUUCUUGUUGGUCUCUCCUCUGUACAUAAACUCAGUCACUCCAAGUUCACUCAUUGAAAUUUUCCCACUUGCAGAACCCGAAAGAGAUGGGGCAACCCAAUCUUCCCAAGCAGCCAGUACAAAAAAAGAUUGAAUUUUUAAGUGUAAUGUGAUUGUGCUGUCUGCUCAUCGUGGUGUUUUAUAUUUUUUUUCUCCAAGUGUCUGCAGUGUAGUGUGAAAAAUCUCCCUACUUUGAAGAAAUAAUAUUUAACAAUUAAAAGUGUUUCAGAGAGGC